AUGAUCGAUCGUCAUCAUCAUCCAACAACAACAACUAUUUAUAUAAAAAACGGUCGAGAUCGAGGCGCGACAGUAGCCAGAGCAGAAGCAGGUCGCGAUCGCCAAGCAGCAGUCGAAGCUGGAGUCCAAGCCGAUCACGAAGCAGAAGUCGCGGGCGAUACGACCGUGGAGGGCGUAGCAGCGGUAGUGGAAAUGGAAAUGGAAAGAGCAUGUCGUCGUCAUCAGAAACGGUACAGUCGUAGCAGAAGUCGUAGUCGAAGCCGGGACAUUAGUAUGAGUCCAAGAAGAAGAAGGUAUAGAAACGACAGUCUCAGUCCUAGUCCAACUCCCAGGGGUCGAAACAACAACGGAUACUCUUCUAGUCGAAGUUUUAGAUCUAGAUCACGGUCCCGAUCACCUCCCCCUUCUCGUGAUACUAAACGACAACAUUCAAACAACAACACCAACAAAUCGUCAAGAUCCAAUUACAAUAAUCAUAGUAAUGGUAGUGGAAGUGGUGGUAAUAGUUUGUCGUCGUCAUCCAACAGUAUCAAUCCUGUAUCUUCUAACAACCAUAAUAACAACAGAAUCAGUGUCAAUUCAUCAUCGACACCAAUUGUAGUUUUACCAACUGAUCUCAAUCAUCAUCAUAAUAAUCAUCAUAGCACCAGUGGUCGACGUGCCACUCCAACAAGUGAUAAUAGUACCCCUGAAAAUAUCUCUCCCUCUGAUUCACCAAGUAUGUUGACUUUGACCACAACCUAUCAGCAAUCCUCCCACCCCCACAAACAACAACAACAACAACAACAACAACAACAAAUGCUCACCAAAAGCGACAUGGUUCCCAACCGUCCUAUCAAUACAACUACUACUACAACAACAACAAUCUCACGUUCAAUAUCAACUGCGACCAAACAAAAUGAACAACAACAACAACAACAAAAACCAUCACAACAACAAUCACAAAAGGAAAGUAACAAUAACUCUACUAGUACCAACAACAAUAAUAACAAUAAUAACAAUGGUAAUAGUAAUAAUGGUGGUACUGGUACUAGUAAUAGUAGCAGUAAUAAUGAUAGUGACCAAGGUGGAGGAGGAGGAAGCGGAGGAGGUAGUAGUGUUGGAAGUCACAGUAGUAAUAGUAGUUCCAACAGUAAACAACUUUUAUCACCAACCUAUGAUCAUUUAAUGGACAAUAACAAUAAUAACCACGGUAGCAGUAAUAGCAACAGCAAUAGAAAUAGUGCCGAACCAAUUCAAUCACCGUAUUCGAUGAAUUCAUCGCCACCAAUGCCAUCUUCUCCCAACCCAGUGGCCAUCAACCAAAGCUUUGCAGAGGAUAUGAAGUUUUUAGAGGAUGUUCACAAUAGCAACACACAAAACAAUAGAAAAUAUACCUUUUUACAGAGAGAACCUGUUGAUAUUAGGGGACAAAACAAAUAUCGUGCACUACUGUGUGGAGAUGGAUGGAUUUCUCGAGGUCUCUCGAGUGCAGACGUACAACAACGUCAAGUUUCUUUACAUUGGAUUUACACUGAAUCAAUGCAACCACCUAUAGACCCACGUCAAGCAAAUCUUAUAUAA